GAGCCAGGCACCGAAAUGAUGCAGCCAAUACUGGUCCUACUGGCGACGUCAUGCCUCGCCGCGGCGCUCCCCGCCCCGCCGCCGCCGCACCCCGCCGUGGUGACUUCAGACGUGGAGAGCCAGGCGCUGCCGGUCCACCUGCGGAAGACUGCCUUCACGCACCCGCGCCUGUGGGACAUCCUGCCCAUCACUAGCUUGCUGCACGAGGGGGAGAGUCCGGUGUACGACCGUGAAGCUGAAAAAGUGGAGCGGAACAGCGUGUACAACAUGCUGACCCACGCCGGGUUCCUGUCGCGGGCCCACGAGCGGCCCCCGAUCCUGCGCAACCCGGGCCGCUGGCAGUCCAAGAAGCACCAGCAUCACCACCCGCAGCCGCAUGAGCAUCAACCGCCGCAGCACCAGCACCAGCCUCAGUAUCAACAGCCGCUGCAGCAUCACCAGCCUCAGUUCCACGCGCCCCCGCCAGGACACUACUACCAGGAAGAAGCUCACUACGAGUUCCAACAUGGCCCCCAAUACGACCAUCACUCUAGCCCAGAACAUUUACAAUAUUUAUAAAAAGCUUUCCACCAUUUGGUGAAUCAGUAUUUUAUUAAGAAACGAAUAGUAGGAUAAGAUUAUGUAUUCAAAAUACAUCCCACAUUGUUGAGAUUCUUUAGUGUAGAUAUUUGUAAAUAUUAUGUUAAUACACCGACAAUGAUACAAAA